AUGUUCAACCCAGAUAUUGCUUAUGACAAGUCCAAAAGCGCGAAUUUCAAUCAGACGACAGUCGAUGCCAUAGAUAAGUUGCUCGGCAUCAGCAGCCUAACGACUACAAGCUCUACCGCGACACCACUCGGAACACUGACAACCCCUCAGCUGAUUGGCAUCGUGGUUGGAUCCAUCUUUGGCGCGGGACUCCUCCUCCUUCUCCUCUCCGUCUUCGGUUCUUCCAUCCUUUCCUGCCUAACAUCCUUCUGCUCCUGCUGCAUCGGCUUUCCUUGCUGUUGCUGUCGCGGCUUCUUCGCAGCAUCUUUCGGAGCUUGCGAAUCCGACUGUAGACCAAUUUGUACGCCUGUCACUGCCGAAUGCACCCCUUGCGCUACCCCUUGCGCUACUCCAAGGCCAGUGUUUGUACCUCCUGUUAAACGUUUCGUUUCGACUACCGCCAUGGCGAGCUGCGCACCGGCUGCUAACUAUUCCGUCAAUGUUAACAACUGUAGUGGGUUAUCUACGUCGUCGCAGUACUGCGGGGCGGCCACCAGUGGCUAUCGAAGCGGCUCCAUGUGCGCUAGAAAGAACUGCCACACGUACCUGCCCCAAAUGCCAGUGAGUGGAAAUGGCAUGAUGGGCUGCAGCAGUCGAGUUACUAACAUUGUUAAUAAGCGUGUCGAUGAUUGUGGCUGUUGA